CAUGCGGUGGAAGGGAGAAGAGUCAGGAACCAAAAUGAUAUCGAGACUUUUACUAUGCUUCCUAAUUAUGGCUAUCGGUAGUUGCGAUGGAGCUCGAAGACAGGCGCAGCGACGAAAGGACACAGCUCGAUCUUCGGACCUGUACCUACCAGCGCCAAGUGCUGAAAGUCUUCAAGCAAUAGCCGAGGCCAUGGGGGCCGCUGGAUUUGAACACAUUACCGAGGGAAAAGCUUUAGUGAAGCGGCUGAUACCCGCGGAUAGCCAACCCGACUUGGACGUCGUGGAAUAUCAAGGAGUGAUCGGCAAGGCGGGCGUGGAUUUCCCGGCCUACCCCAACAUCCCCAGCACGGGGUUCAACUGCAAGAACGUGCCCACUGGAUACUACGCCGACUUGGAAACUGACUGCCAGGUUUUCCACAUCUGUGACACGUCACGCAAGAUCUCGUUCUUAUGUCCAAACGGGACCAUCUUCAGCCAGUCGCACCUCAUCUGUGACUGGUGGUUCAAGGUGGACUGCGCCUCCGCACCCGCGCUCUACGAGUCCAGCGCAGAGUAUUACUCCAACGAACAGAAGAAAUCGCAGAAGAUCACGCAAAGCCUGAGCAAAAACGCUGAUCUCCAACAAAUCGGCAGCGACACCAAUGUAAGAGCAGAGUCAAGACGCACUUCCGUCAAUAUCCCCACAGCAACCGAACGCUUACUGCGACACAGGCAAAGACUUCAAGGUGAAACACCAGUCCAGAAUACUAAACCCACCUCGCGAAGCUACCAAGCUUUCUUUGAUUUCAACCCGACCCAAAGAACUCAAGCUUCAACCGCUUUCGAAAAGAGGAGAAAGAAUUUAGUACAACUUAUUACUAAUGGCUUUGGCAAUGGGCCUGAAAGGAGCACGCAGCCGACGUACACAGAAGCUCCAUCGUAUAGAUCUUCACCAGUUGCAUUAGACCAUAAUAAUAUUAGGGAAAUGCAGGUAGCUGCCGAAACGGCUUCGUUCACAAACAAUAAUAAUAGACAAUUCUUACAAGACUACAACAACAAAAACUUUAGACCUUACCCUGUUUAUACUCCGAAUUUAACAACCAGACAGCCUAAAGCCAAAAACAAUCCAAAUUUGACAUCUUUAUACGACAUUCGAGACAAGAAUUUAGACAAAUUACAAGCUGAAACGACAACAACUAGAAAACCAGUGUGGUUCCACGAUUUUACUACCAAAAGACCAACACUAAUGCCUUACACUAAAAGUUACACAACCAACAUCUAUGAUAAAAGAGAUCCUUACACAAGACCUGGAGUUUCUCUACUGAAAGAUUUCUUAAAUAAAAAAAGAAACGAAACAAUCGCAACAGCAACAGAAGAAAUCAAGCAAGCCACUGAAAGAAGUUUCCAAAUAAACGCUACCGAUAACAAAAUUACAAUUGAAUCUAAAAAUACUUUUGAAUCCGCGACUAAAAUACCUGAGACAACCAGAUACGAAUAUUUAAGUUCUAGUGAACCAUCUAUUGCUACAAGCCGAUCCGAUGCAUUACACACAUAUUUACCACAAGGUACGACUGAGGCGUAUCAAGAACGCAGAGAUAGGCUAAUAAGAAAAUUAAAUUUUGAAACUUCUGUCUAUGGAACUACUGCUACACCGCCAAUACUCAAUACCGAAAAAUUCUAUGGAGAUCAACCGAACCGACCAGGGCUUGUGGUUCCACCAUCUUUAACUCCAAAAACCCUUCACAGUCUAGCAAUUUAUUAUGCCACAGCAUUGGAUAAUUUGUCAACAACAACAUCACCUGAAGAAGAAACUCAAACAACAUCACCACCUUUCGAUGAAUAUGGAGAUCAUACUAUUGAUGAUUCAUUACCGGCAUUAUUUAGUCGACAAACUAUUAACAAAUACAGUAACCUUUUCAAUAAAGGAAAAAGUAACGCAGAAUUAUUAGAAGAAAUAAAAGCUGACCCUAAUGGAACGUACAACGAAUUAGUCGAUGACUUGUCUGUUCAACAAAGUCAAAAUCCUUUGGCAACAUCACCUCAAAUAAGAGAAUUAGCCCAAGUAUUCACACACGCACUAUCAGCAUAUCUUCAAGAUCCUGUUCAGUUCAGAAAAGCUUUGUCUGAAAUAAGACCUACUCAUCCUACAUUUGGAGAUAUGUUGACCACUGAGGAAUCCUAUAACACAGAGCCAACUACGACCGUGAAUGAAGACGAUGAUGAAAUUUUAGGAUUCUCAGAUGAUAAUAGAAUAUCGAGACCUCUAGUUUCGCUUAGGGAUUCUAAAUCCCUGAAACUUUCUACGCCACAUCCAGUAACUUCUGACAAAUAUACAACUGAAACUUCACAGAGAUUUUCAAGUACUGAAACGAUUCCUGCCACUUACCAGACAACACCCAGAAGUCCUUUCAAAUGCUGCGGUAGAAUUUCAGCUUCAUACACUACGCCAUCUGCUACUUCAACUACACCAAUCAGUUUCACUAACACUGUUACUGCUAGAAAUUAUGGAUUUAGAAGUAAUGAUAACAAAGACACUGUUACCUCCACUGAAAACUCAUAUUCAGCACCAAGUUAUAUUGGAAAUCGUAAUAAUAUAAACGACUCACCUUAUGGGCAAGGUGUAAAUCCAGUUGAUUCCAAACCAAUAAAUGACUACAUUGAAGCAACCAAUUUACCUUCUGCAUGGGGAAUUGAUGCAUCAGAAACAACAGUUAACCCAAUCACUAAUGCACAUGCAAAUGCGUUCGAAAGCAAGAAAAUAAAGGCUACAACAUACACACCUACAACCACACCUGUUUAUUUCACUGAGACGGAUAGUGUCGAAUUGGAAAAUGAAGAAGAACUACAGAGAGCCCAUAGUCAAUCUUUUGUAAGCCCACAAGACAAUACUAUUAAUAAUCGUCACGGUAAAAAUCUUCAUAUUGAAGAAGGUAAACCGAAAAAGCCUUCUGAAGAAUUAGAAGCACCAACUCUACCUGAUAGCGUGGCCACCACGUUUCAAACUACAACCCAGCCUCCUCCAACAACAAUCAAAAUUGACAAUUCGGAAAUCGCCACCACAGUAUCUCCGGUAAUUGAUAAUUCUUUUACAUCACCAGACAGUGAAAAAACAACCAAUCAUUUCCCUUGGACGAGCACUUACGGUACUUGGCAUAGUACUGUUGUUGAUCCUAUAACUGUGAACGAUGGAUUGAGCCAAACGACAGCAGAAGAAGCAGUUCCAGGUACACGGCAAACUACAAAUUGGGAAAUCAAUACUGUUACUACUACAUCAGCGCCUGUAUAUACAGGACCAUAUGAACAAAGCGUAUCACCAUCUGGAAACAUUGAAUUUACAACACCACCAAGCCAAACUGACGAUCGAUUUGGUAGAUUUUUAAGAGAACAAACGUCUACUGAGUCAGCUCACGAUAUAUCAACAAUAGCUGAUACGGUAGUAGAAAAAGCGAAAGAAAUAAUGGGAGGAAUGAACGCGACAACGACUGAGAAGCUUAUGAACGUAAUGAAGAAAACUAAAUCAAAGACCGUAAAAAGAUUAAUUCUUCUAUUGGUCCAAACAUGUGAUGAUGAUCACAAUACGACUGCGGAAGCAUCAAAGAGAGCAUUACUCGAAGCAUUGAUGGCAGUUUCACAAAAAGAUAUGGACGAAAUAGCAAAGGAAGAACUUGAGGAAAUCCCAAUCACAACUGUUGAUUAUGAAUCUGUUACAACAGACGAAAGGAGAACUGAUAGGCGGAGAGCUAAAAGCCUGAAUUUCGAUGCUAGUGCAAUCAAUUCCCUGUCAAAUCCUACAACGACUGAAUAUAUAAAAACGACAGUUACUACAACUGAGGCUCCUACAGAGACUGUAGCAGUCACACUGAGUACAACAAGAAGUCCUUUUAGAAGAGGGGCCAAGAAGUUUCAAACAAAAUCGCCUUACUCGGAUACACGAGUUACAUCAAAAGCUCCUUUUAUUGAUAUACCUAAGGCAGAAGCUAGGGUUGCCCCAAACGGACCCGAACUAAAGGGUGCAUCAGACACAAGAGCCUUAGAAUUAUUAAGAUCCCUGUACACAAUCGCGGCAAGAUGGGGUUGAAAUUUAUGAUCGUGUAAAUUAUUGGACUUUUGAGUUUAUA